AUGCAGAUCUUCGUAGAGAAUUGUAGGAAGAUGGGCAUUCCAUCUCACCUACACCACACGGCAUGCUCAGUCAUGCUGAAGGAUAGAGCCAACCAGGUCUACUUUGACCGUUUGAUGAAGGAAAACCUCAACUUUGACAACAUAAUACAGGAAUGGAGAUCAACAACCUUCCUACGCGUCAAGGCAAAUCCCGAGAAGGACCUGGCACAAUGCUUCGAGAUCCUCGUCAACAAGCCCCAGAAGAUCUACAAGGGGCUGGUAUCGAGCAUGCAAGAUGGUGACAAUGAAGCCAGCUUCGAGAAGACUAUACUUCAGCAAUACAACCCUGCCGACAACCCGGACGGUUUGACCGCUACUGGGUAG